AUGCCACCAACAACCCUCUCAAUCGUGAAAUCUCUCGUCAAACCAAUCGCUUCAGACGACGAGACCGUGAAUACUCGCGCGAAUCGGUACCCGAUCUCCACUUUAAUCGUUUUCAUCCAUCACAUCUCCGCGUUGGAAUCCGUCUACUCCAAAAAAAGCAACCGAGAAAUCCCGCUUCGUAAACUCAAAGUCAGCGAUCACACGUUCGACGACGGGAACGUAAACAUGAUUUUAUGGCGAGAACGAGCGGGAAACAUCGAAACGUUUCACGUCGGGGACGUGGUUUUAGUGCAAAACGCCCACGCGAGGUUCAAUCCGUUCAAGAACGAGAUGGAAAUUAGUGUCAGUGGUGAGAACGCGUCUGGCGUGUUUCGAACGAUCGUGAGGCGCGAAGCGUUUUACGGGAACAAAACGAUCGAGGAGAUGCGCGAGAGAGUGGUUCCUGUACAUCGAAAGUUCGGCACGACGGACGAUAACGCGACCAGGGAUGCGGUUUUGACCGUGUGCGCGUGGGUGUACGGGGAGAAGAUAUCUUUUUUGUACCAUUUGAAAGAGAGGAUGGAUUUCUUGGGUGCCAGCUUUCGUCCUCCGCCUCCUCGCGCGUCGUCGAAGAGGAGAGCGGGGGAGGAGGAGGAGGAGGAGGAGGAGGAAGAAAAGGAGGAGUUUGAGAUGCACCAUCAACAACAACGAACGAGCUUUGUAAAAAGAUUCAAGAGAACUUUAUUGGAAGAGUACGUUGGAGUUAUUUUGGACGUUUCCUUCGUCAAGUCCUCGUUCGGUGACGCGUUCAACGGGAAGUACGUCAGGCCGGUCUUGACGCUUUCGAGACGACCGGUGGAUCGACAAAGGAACGAGCAGUUGUUGCAACGACGACUGACUUUAUCGAAACCGACAGAGUCGCCGCAGGUGCUAAAUAGAUUGGCAUGUUUUGAUAACAUGCUCAUUGGAGAUCAAUCGCCAACACUUGGUAAGCGACCGGGUGAUGAUUUUACGAACUUUAUCGAGGCGACGUUAUCGGCGGCGCCGAAACGCGAGGCGAAGGAUUUGGCCGAAAGCGUGUAUAAAAUCGGGAGGUGCGUAGAGCUGAGAGACUUUGCAAUCGCGGAAGUUUUGAACGGGAACGAACGAAAAACGAGCCGCAGUUGUGUGCAAAACAAUAAAGAAGACGAAGUUGACAACUUCGGUUCCUCGGAAGAAAUCGUGAAAAAGCUCGUUUUCGUGGACACGAUUUCCACCGUUCGAGUGUUGGAUCCGAACAAAGAUCCGCGCGCGAGGAAAGUCAUGACGGUGGUUGGCGAAACACACAGAAGGUUGAGCUUUGAAGUUGAGAACGUCUCCGAAAUAUUCCAAGACAUCAACGAGAGAACUUUUCAAGAGUUUACGGAUAAUUACGACGAAGAAGACGAACGCGUGUACGGACGAGAGGUCGUCGAAGAGAAACGCAGAGAAUGUGUGAAAGCGGCGAUGGAAAAGAAACAUAAAGAGAUGUUGUUGUCGAAAACGAGGAAGAGAGUCGCCGCGAUGAUGAUGACUGAGACGCAAAACACGACGCACUCCAUCGCGGAGAUGUUUGAAAGCGUGAAUAAUAAUAACGCGAACGUCAUCAAUCGUCCCGUCUUGUACGAAGAUGGUACGACAAACAGGCGUCGACUGUUACCGCCGUUCGUCGAGUUCAAAGCAGUCGUAAAAUACGUGGAAUUUGAACGCGACGUUACGAAUUCGCGGUCAUCUCCAUCGUCGUCUUCAGCUGAGUGCCAAAGAAAGCAGCGUAAGAAAUCCAUAACGAAUAGCGCGAAGAAAUCCAUCUUAUCCGCAGAUGGCGUCAUGCGCGUGCCUGGAUUGAAAAACGGCACGAAGAGCGUUUCGGAAAUCGCGAGUGAACUCGUCCAAGUGGCAUGCGCCACUUGCGAGAACAAACUCCACAAAGACAAAGAGGACGUGUACGAGUAUUGCAAACACUGUCCAGCGGGUAAACUUUCGAGUGCCAACGUCAACAAGUCGAGAACGAAGUGCGUGUUCAAACCGCUCGUUUUGGGUCUCGAAGACGCUAAAGGCGAUUGCAUUCGAGGUAAAAUCCCACCUUCGCUCGUUUCCGAUUUGGUAUUUUUUCAAAAACCGGAAGAUAUUUCGGACGGAAACACGGACGUAAUGCUGAGAAGCCGCUCGGAAACCAUUGCGAUUGGUGCGUUGCGGGCGUUGAUGGCGGGUAAACGAAACUCACCGUUUACUUUUACCGCGAAAAUGCCAAAAUCCGACGAGAACGGUUGGGUCGUUCGAGGAGAUGAAAUUGAAAUUGUGCGUUUCGAUAGCUGCUUGACGCCGUCGAACUCUUUAGAAGAAGAAGAAACAGAAGAAGAAGAAGAAGAAACAGAAUAG